AGAAAUGAUAUAGGAGGAGAACCCUAAGCCCGCCAUUUCUUGUCUCCUUUGUCCCUCUCCAACGGUCCGUGGAUCGUCUCCCUUCUUCAUGGUGAUUGGUGAACCGUGAACCUUCAAUUCUUCCCAGUUCCGUGGCUUUCUCCUUCCUCCGGUCUUUCUCUGCUCUCUUUCAUUCAUGAUUUGAAGCCCUAAAAUGGCGCGUCAGCAGAGGAAGGUCAUGUGCCCUGAGAACGAAGGUCUGGCGUCCUUCCUCUUGGGCAGGCGCGACGAGAUGGCGGAGAAGAAGGCGAUCUCGGAGAACCUCGAGCUCAUUAUCUACAAGGCCUAUUCCAACAUCUGCGACUCCAAGAACCCUCUCAGAACCCUCAAGGAGGUCUCCCAAGUCAAGGGUGUUGGAAAAUGGGUCAUACAGCUCUUACAAGGGUACUUCCGAAAGGAUUCCGAACCUUCCCAAUCUUUGGAUUCCGAAAAUACGAAGAAGAAGGGCAAGGUAUCGAAGAGAUACAUUCCGCAGAAGAAUUCGGCUGCGUACGCACUGUUGGUUACCCUUUAUAGGGGAACCAUGAGCGGCAGGGGUUUUAUGGGGAAACAGGAGCUUAUCGAUGCCACUGAAUCGAGUGGUUUGUCGAAAGCAUCAAUUGGACUGGAGAAGAGCGAUGGGAAACCAGGCAGUAGUUUUGGGAAUUCAGGCAGAGAUUGGUACUGCGGAUGGAACCGCAUGAAGACAUUGAUAACGAAGGGUUUAAUCGUGAAAUCGAGCAACCCUGCAAAGUACAUGUUGACUGAAGAAGGUAAAGAGGCUGCAUGUGAAUGUCUAGCAAGGUCUGGUAUUGCAGAUUGUGAAGCUUUGACCAACGUCGGUAUGUCUAUCUCUGCAAGGUCAAUUGAUGCAAGCAAUACUGUGACAUCAAGACCUGCUUCUAAAAGGGCACCUAAAGAUUCUGCAGUUUCAUCCACCACAGUGAGCACUCUAAAUUCUGAUUCACGUGGAACCAAAAAGAAGCGUCUUGCAACCACAAACUCUUCAUUUUCUCAAAUUUCGCAGAAUCAAGGGUGUCUUUCAUCUGAAAGCGAGACUCUCGAUAGUGCAAUGGUUGCUGAUCGAACUUAUAUGAAUGUGGUAUCUGAUGAAUCAACAUUAAGGCCAUGCAGUUUGCAACCUUGCACAUUUGAUUUCUUUUUGUGUAAACCAGUUGAUGUGAGUCGUCAGCCAUGCAGCAUACAUUCUUUGGCAAUGCCUCCUGGUAUGCCUGGUGAAAGCUUCGGGGAUCUGUACGACGUGAUUUUAAUAUUGGACGACCGUGAGCAGUUUGGACAUAACAAGAAUGGCUCACAUUCCAGAAAAGUUGUUGAGAGCAUUAGUUCACAAUUUAAACUGCUGGUAGAGGUAAGACGUUUACCUGUUGGAGAUGGAAUUUGGACAGCCCGUCAUAGAUAUGACCAUCAAGAAUAUGUCCUUGAUUUUAUAGUUGAAAGGAAGAAAGUCAAUGAUCUAAGACAGUCAAUCCGGGACAACCGUUAUAAAGAUCAGAAAUUGAGGCUUCUGAGAUGUGGGCUUCAGAAGCUGAUAUAUCUUGUUGAAGGGGAUCCAAAUUCAUCUGAGGCAGCAGAGAGUAUCAAAACCGCUUGUUUCACAACAGAGAUUUUAGAAGGUUUUGAUGUUCAUAGAACGAGUGGCUUGUUUGACACGGUGAAGAAGUAUGGUUACUUGACACAAUCAAUAACAAGUUACUACAGAUUGAAGUUUCCUGGUGCGAGAAACUCCAGAGCUUGUCCUACUUAUGAUGAUUUUGCUCGGAGAUGUGAAAAUCUUGAAAAGCUGACAAUAACUGAUGUCUUUGCUGUCCAAUUAAUGCAGGUGCCGCAGGUUACUGAAGAUACUGCCCUUGCAGUUGUAGAUAUGUACCCAACACUUCUAUCAUUAGCCCGUGCAUACUCGCUUUUGGGCAAUGAUGUGCGUGCCCAGGAGGAGAUGUUGUCUCUUAAGAGCAAGCUGAUCGGGAAAGUGGCCAGUAAAAACAUUUUUAAUUUUAUUUGGAGUAGUUGAAUGGUCUGCCAUACGUCUUCUUGUACCUAUGACUUGAUUGCUACAAACCUCUUUCAUAUGAUGGGGCCGUAAAAGAAUCUGUUAAGUUUGAGAAAGAAUCUGGUGGCAUACUCAAGGGUGCAUAUAUGUUAGGCAAAGACGCGUUCGAAGAAGAGGUUGUUCUUGAUGGUGGAGCAAAGUUUGUGGUUUUCAUCCUCUGCUCCCUAUGCUUUGUUAGUUGUCAAAAGGAAAACAGUUUUGUACCAUACAGCUGUAAUUAAAGACUGUUAAUCCAUGAAAUUGGUUAUUGAA